CUGGUCUGUUUCCGUCCUAAAUCGUUAACGAACCCCUACGUUCUUGAACGCACCCCAGAUUUAAAUUGUUGUAGCAACGAGCUAAGCCAUGCCUGCAGCUGAAACGCCUGUUGUUUCUUGUCCUAGACACAGUUGUUUCAAUUCAUGGUAAAUACAUCAUCAAAUGUGGCUAGUUUUUGGCUCCAAAUAUUGACUAACGAGUUGAACAACGUCGUAUGUCCUGUAUUGGGUACAUUAGCUAGCUAAGUUAGCACUGUCAAGUACCCAUAAAGGCACAUCUUUGCUGGAGCAAUGUCUGCAGUCAGCAGCCUGGUCCCGGCUCGAUUCCUGACUCUCACUGCUCACCUCGUCAUCGUCGUCACCAUUUUCUGGUCACGGGAGAACAAUGUUGAAGCUUGCCUGCCUUUGGAUUUCACACAGGACCAAUACGACAAGGAGGACACCAAGUUGGUGGUAGCGUUGUCAGUCACCAUGGGUCUGUUUGCUAUAGAGCUGGCUGGCUUCUUCUCUGGUGUGUCUAUGUUCAACUGCACCCAGGGCCUCCUCUCGUUGGCUGUCCACUGCAGCGCGUCCGUCUCCCUGUCUUUCUUUGUCUUCCAGAGAUGGGAGUGUUGGACAUACUGGGUUAUUUUUGCCUUCUGCAGGUUUGUGUGUGAUUGACUAACAGACAGACAGACAGACAGACAUUGUGUGUGUGUCCUGGAGUUAUUUGGGUCAUUUUUACCUCGUGCAGGUUGAUGCUUUGCUUAUAAUGCUGCCACCCUCUCUAUCUCCCGUAGUGUUCUCCCUGCAUUUGUGGAGAUCCUACUCUUCAUCGCAGUGUUCGGACUGAAGAAGAAGCCAUUAUAACCGAGAGCAGUGUUUCACAUCAAUGUUCAGUCUGGAAUGUAGUGUCCAUCCUUCCCAGCACUUGUACACAGCUGUCCAAGUGACACAUUGUGACUGUUCAAUAGUGUCAAGGAGACAUAGUUGAUGUUAGUGAUGCGGGAUGGUGGUCGUAGUGAUAAAGACUACAGAGCUGGUUAAGAUGUGGGUGGUCUAAGCUGCAGCAACCGAUACAGUGACAGCAUAGGUUUGAAUCUGGCCUUCUGACUUUUGACACAGCCUUUAUAUAUCCAUCAAUAGUCAGAUUAUUUAAUUUAUUUAUUUUAAGCUGUGGUGUGGGCUUUGUAGAUGGAAACUGUAUGUACCAAGGCAGAGAGGAUGAUUUCUAAACUCCAGCGUAUUGAUCCUAAUUGCUACGCUGAAUGUAUAGACACAAGUAACCAUCUUUCUCUUCACCGUGCUAAAUGGUCCUGUGUACCAUAGGAUUUUAGUACCACCUUUCUAAAACGUUUACCUAAAAAAUAUGUUUUAUCAAGCUGAAGCUAUACCAUUCCUUCCUUCCUUUUAAUAUACUUUUUACAUUAAUCUAAAAUGUGGUGAUAUCUGAUGGUUGCUACACCUCUAUAUGUCAAAUCAAAUCAAAAUUUUAUUUAUCACAUACACAUGGUUAGCAGAUGUUAAUGCGAGUGUAGCGAAAUGCUUGUGCUUCUAGUUCCGACAAUGCAGUGAUAACCAACAAGUAAUCUAA